GCAGGCCGGCGCGCCGCCCGACCCCGGCGCCGUGUCCGCCUCGCUCUCCCAGCUGGGCUUCAGCAGACACGAGGGCCAGAUGCUGCACUACAUGCAGGAGGUGGCGCGGAAGGACAAGGAGAUCAGUAACCUGCGGCGGUCCAAGCAUCAACUGGAGUCAACCAUGCGGCAGCUGCAGAACAAGAUGCUGGAACGGGAGGAGCAUCUGCAGGACGAGGCCGAAGUGUUGCGUGACAAGAUCCGCCGGCUGGAGCUGAACUCGUCGCGGGAAGGCGCCAACCUCGAGUACAUCAAGAACGUGGUGGUGCGGUACCUGCUGUCGACGGACGCCGCGCAAAAGGCGCACAUCCUCAACGCCAUCUCGACGGCGCUGCAGUUCUCCUCGGACGAGCUGCGCCGUGUCAGGCACUGCCAAACCGCCACCUGGUGGCCGGCCUCGUCACAGCGAUGACGUCGCCGUCUGGCUAGCCGGCGUCGUGCGCACGCCCAGUGGCCGGCGUUGUCAGAGUGGUGACGUCAUGGUGACGUCAGACGGAUCCGCGUGCACCCGCUGCGAUAUGAUGUGAAGGUAAUAACGAUUUGUUCCAGUUUUGUUUUGCUCGGUCUGUAAUGCGUAGCCCAAGCUGGUCUUCAUCCCAUGCCGUACCGAACAUGGGAUGAAAUAUACAACGGUUCUUCAUUAACAACUGAUUAGAGACUUCCUUUACCAUCAAACAUUUAAUUCAUUUCAUUCCAAAAAAAGCUCACCGCCGGGCUGAACAAGCAGCUGUCAAGCCGCCACUGUGACCAAGUAGUUCACAGUCGCGGCAGGCGAAGCGAGACACAUUUAUUUUUAUGCAGGUGUGAUAUUCAGCUGUUUGUUUCCUGUAAUACCUGGCCUACCGUGCGUUUGAGGUGUGCACAUUAGGGGUACUGCCAAGAGCUGCGCGCGGAGUGCGGGGUUUUCCGUCGCACUGUUUGCUUCCACCCAUAUCAAGCGGACGUUUUGCAAGUCUGUGAGUGCAGUGCAUGUUGGGCACUUGAUCGCACUGGUCACCAUUCUUCCAGUCAUUGUUUAGAGCGCGGUACCGUUGCUCUGACGUUGGGCGGGAACGAUGCUUCAGGUAGUGUGGCGGCCUUGUGCGAAGUGGUUUUCGUGAGUAUGUUGAUAAAGUGCAUGUAACGAGUUGUUUGGCUAUAAGCUGUGAUAUGCUGGUGUGUGUGUGUGUGUGUGUGUGUGCGCGCGUACGAGCGUGCGUGCGUGUGUGUUGUAGCACGUUACUGAAGUGAAGGAACAAAUAUAUCUGAUGAUGGGACCGCUUUGUCCUGCGUGGCAGCCCUUCAGCCUGCUCUGCCAACCGUCUUACGUCGGCCACGCCAGCUCACUUCAACCAACUUGUAAACUAGCAAUUGCUUAAGGUCGUGAAGUACAAUCCGGUAGUGUACAACAUUCUGUCCGGUAAGCAUAGUGA